AUGACGUUCACGCAUGGCUCCUACACGGUCGCCUGGGUGUGCGCCUUACCCUUGGAAUUGGCCGCCGCGAAAGCAGUACUGGAUGAGCUUCACCCUUUACUUCCUCAGCCUGAAGCUGAUCAGAAUGUCUACACACUUGGGAGCGUCAGUGGCCAUAAUAUAGUGCUGGCCUGCCUCCCUGCUGGUAUCUAUGGGACAAUAUCUGCAACUGCUGUGGUGUCACACCUGAUGUCAACGUACCCAAAUAUCCGAUUUGGGUUAAUGGUCGGUAUUGGAGGAGGGGUCCCGAGCGAGAAUCCUGAUAUACGCCUUGGUGAUAUUGUGGUCAGCAAACCUACCGAUACGUCAAGUGGUGUUAUUCAGUAUGACUAUGGCAAAGCACUUCAAAAUGGGCACUUUUACCCUACAGGAUUUCUCCAGAAGCCACCGCCUUUAUUACUAAAGGCAGUUGCUCAGACAGAGAGUGACUAUAUCCUCGGGGAAUCCCCCUUCGGCGAAAUUAUGAGCAGGCCUAGUAACCUUCAAAAAGAGGAAGCACGGAGACUAUUUCGACGCCCAUCCAAUGACAAGCUGUUUCAUCCAACGUACAAUCAUGUAGGUGAUUGGUCCAGCUGUACAGAAUGUGACCAGAGCCAGCUAAUGGCUCGCCCGGGGAGGUUAACUAAGGAGCCUCGUGUCCACUAUGGUUUGAUCGCUUCUGGAAACCAGGUUAUGAGGGAUGCUAAAACACGGGACUUAAUUGCACAAGGACGGGGCAUACUCUGCUUUGAAAUGGAAGCUGCUGGGCUCAUGGAUAUAGUUCCAUCACUUAUCAUACGAGGCAUCUGUGAUUAUUGCGACUCUCAUAAACAUAAAGAGUGGCAAGGAUACGCUGCAUUUGCGGCGGCCGCCUACGCAAAGACUGUGCUUAUUCAGAUUCCUCUACAAGAGCAAGGCCAACAGACUGCCGACUUGACAGAAUCGGUAUCUAAACAGCGUCACUGGAUGGUCCCUUUCUAUAGAAAUCCCAGGUUUGUCGGUCGAGAGGAGGAAAUUGCCACAAUUGAGGAAUUUUUCAAAAAUGGACAACCCAAGGUCGCUAUUGGUGGGCUAGGCGGGGUGGGAAAAACCCAGAUUGCAAUUGAAUUCGCUUAUCGCCUACGCGAGAGGAAACCCGCAUGUUAA